GCUAAAUUUUAUUCAAUAUACAUCAGGGUAGGCAGUGAGUUCUUUCACAUUUUCAUUGGCUUUAUUAUUCAGGCAUUUUAUUCAGGAGACUUUGUCAGUUUCCUAAAACAUAAGAGGUCUGUCUGUUGAAAUAUCAAAAUGUCGGAAAACACACUCAAUAAUAAGGAUCUUGGAAAGGAUAUCCUAGCUUCAGAUGAUGUUUCGUUGAAUGUGCUGAUGUUCAAUGUAAGAUAUAUGGACUUAAAGGAAAAAUUUUGCCUCCCUCGAGCAGGAACUGUGGCCACCUUGCAGAAAGCCAUUCACCAGGAGUUUUGUGUGUCGCCGGACUACCAGAUCCUUCGAGGAUGCGGCCUCAAUGACGCAGACUCUGAUGAGGCUGCCAAAAUACCUCUCACUAGCCUCAGCCUCUCGUCCGAUAACUGUGUAUAUGUGUCGGAAGUCAAGUUUCGCAACAUCUCCUUCGAGAUCCUGGAUGAGACCAAUGAAAAGACCAUCAACUUGAACUUGCCUAAUACUACAACCAUACAGGAAAUGAAGCAGAACAUAUAUUGCAUUACCAAUAUUCCUGUCCGAUUCCAGCAGUGGUCGGGCUUCCCCAAAAUCGUCCAGGCAGAUGCCCCGCUUUGGAAAGCAGGAUUUGGAUUGGUUAGUAACGUCCUCCUAAAGGUAAGCAGCUCUGAGGAGCAGUCUCUCCUCAAUAUAACCAGCUCGGCCUCUGAGCUUGCUACCGAUUCGGAGACUGAAUCGGACGAUGCUGGGUCGGAAUCGGAUCCAAGCCUACUCGACUGGGAAAUCACGGAUGCGGUCAAUACUACUCAACCUUUGGAGAAUGCAUUGAUUGGAAGUAACACUAACAAUCUCGUUGACGGCACCACACUGUUUGUCCAGAACUACAAGUUGCGUUUCGGAGAGCCUAUGAUUGAUUUCUAUGUCGGCGAGUUGAGGAGCGCCUUCCAGGAGGCUAGUCUUAUUAAUGAAAAUAGAAAACUUUUUGCUAUUUAUUUGCAUCAUUGUGACAGCAUUUUGACCAACAUUUUUUGCCAUCAUGUUUUGAAGAACGAUGCGAUUCAGAAGACUUUCAAGAACCUGUUCAUUGUUUACGGCUGGGACUUGACCAAGGAAUCGAAAGGCAGCUACUUUUUCAGGCAAUUGGAGAGCGUCAUUAGCCCAAAGGCAGCGCAAGCUGCCGAAGACAUGUGCCUGGACAAGCUUCCGGCUUUUAUGUUUGUCAGCAAGGAAGCUGAGGGAAAUCGCGCAAACCUCUCCGUGCUCCAUGGCGAUGUCGGUGUCGAUGAAUUGCGGACGCGUUUGCAGGAGCAAUACGAUCUAAUGAUCGGCCUGGUCUAGGAUUCAGCAAAUUAAUAUUUCCAUUUCCAGAGAGAGUUUAAAAUACGCAACGCUUUUGAAUUUCUACCAGUUUCAACCAUAAUAAAACGAAUUUACCCCCCACCAUAA